AUGGCCUAUGACCGGCACGUUGCCAUCUGCCAGCCCCUGCUCUAUGUGACCAUCAUCUCCAGCCGUGUCUGCUGGCAGCUGGUAGCAUCAUCCUACCUAUUUGCCUUCCUCAGUGCCACCGUCUACACAUGGUGUGUGUUUGGAGGUUCCUUCUGUGGUCCCAACCGCAUUGACCACUUCUUCUGCGAUGAAGUUCCUGUGCUGAAGCUCGUGUGCUCUGACACCCACAGCAGUGAGAUGGUCAUCUUUGCCUUUGUCACCAUCAAUGUGGUGGGCACGAGCAUGAUCAUUUUGCUCUCCUACAUCUCUAUUCUCCACACCGUGCUGAGGAUGUGCUCAGCACAGAGCAGGACCAGAGCCUUCCACACCUGCACCUCCCAUUUGAUGGCUGUUGCCUCCUUCUUUGGUACAAAGGUCUUCAUGUACUUACAACCUCCAUCUAGUCACAGGAGUCAGGAUAAAGUGGCCUCCAUCAUCUAUACCAUCAUCACCCCCAUGCUCAACCCAUUCAUCUAUCCUUGA